AUGGAAUUGGACAUUCAAGGGCUUCGUUGCGUAGCCGUCGUCUUCGUAGUGCUCUUCCAUCUAUGGCCAACGACUUUUCGUAACGGCUUUUUGGGCGUCGACAUGUAAGCUAUUUGACAGUUGCUUGUUUGUAGGAGCAUUUUAAUUUAUUUGGGGUUGCAAGGCACGUGUUUGGUCAGACAUGGCAAACGGGCCGGGAUUUUCUGCUACUGGGGCAGGGGUGUAGAUAGGGGGAGGGGAAUAUUGGCCCAGGAUGGGGUCAAAGAAAAAAUAUACAUUGUGACCCCCUACCCCAGUCCUAGAGGCCUGGAGAAGAAGAAGAUGAAAACAGGCCCGGCCUGGCAUGAUUUAAGAUUUUGAAGCCAAGCCCGGCCUAGAAAACCGCAAUUAAAGUAGGCCCGUUCCGGCGAAAAGUAGUCGACUAAAAAGCACUCCCGAUAAAAAUUAGGCUUGGCCCGUUAGGAAAAAGGCCCGGAGAGUAUCCUCGACCCGGUAAAAAAUAGGCCCGGCCCCAUAAAAAUGAUUGAUUCCGAAAGUCCGGCCCGCUCGCCAUGUCUGGUUCAGCCUUCUAACCGCUGUUUUUGCUUUGCAGAUUCUUCGUCAUCUCCGGCUACUUAAUGCACCAAAUCCUCAGCUCCAAGGAAUUCACUACUCAAAAUGUGAUUACGUUUUACUUCCGAAGGCUCCGCCGGAUAGUCCCGACUUACAUAACAGUACUCAUUCUCACCGUACUAGCCGCCACCUACUUCUUUGUCCCAAGCGAGUACCCGACGAUUCUUCGAGAGCUCUCCUCCGCGGCUUCCUUUACUUCCAACAUAUUCAACUUGCCGGCGCAAGGGUAUUUUGCGAAAAACAAUGCGUUUCCCCUGUUUUUGCAUACGUGGUCGUUGUCAGUGGAGCUACAAUUCUAUCUGAUUGUGCCUGGUAUCUAUUACUUGUAUCAUCGGCUACGAAAUUUCAGUAGAUUUGCUGGAAUUGGAGUUGUAAUGGCUAUUGGAUUGGUCUCACUUGGAUAUCAGGUUCAUAAUCGGGGAAGUAAGUAAAUAACAUGGCUUACAAUCUAUAAUAACUAAAUUGUUAGAUGUCAACCUUGCCCAUAUGAGCCUCUUCUCUCGGAUCUGGCAAUUUCUCAUCGGGUUUUUGGCGAACGCUCUACAGCCGAAGCAGGCUGAAACCUUAUAUCAAAAACUACCUCAACACGAAGAAGAAUCCCCUCCUGUUACAACAUUAAAUUACAAAUUCAUCAUCAAAUACAUGCUCGUCAUCGCUCUGUUGCUCCAAUUAUAUUAUCCAAUCACCUCCGUCGGCAGCGUCGACCGAUUUCUUUGCACCUUAACGGCCGCUUUGUUCAUGAUGAUCAAGGAAAAGAAUUUUUUGGAGAACAACUUUUACGUUUACAUUGGUGACGUCUCCUACUCGUUGUAUCUUCUUCAUUGGCCUGCGAUAUUGAUCAGUAAAUACGUUGAAUCAUGGGAAUUCGACGGGCCUUCCAGUCCUGGUAAGGAAGAGUUCAUAAAGACUGUAUAGGGUGUUUAUAAAGGCUUUCAAAUGUUGUCAUCAUCGUUUUCAGAAGGCGUGGUGCUCUUUGAAGCCGCACUUUUGCUCAGUGUUCUUUUGGAGAACAUUUUUAAGAAGAUUCAGAGCUUCGUCACAACUUGGCGCCACCUCUCUUUCCUUCUAUUCGUAUUAUACAUGCUUCUUAAUGCCGCUUCACUCAACAUGCAUCUUAAGCGUCAAGACAGCUUUUUAACCAGCCAUUUCGUCAUUGGAAGCAACUCCACCAAACAGCCACACCCUAAUUCGACCAGUCAAUUAAGGAAGUUCAUGGUGGACACAGUGAAAAAAGACUUGCUGCUCUAUGAAAGCAGGAACUUGAAUCUGACAAACGAUGAAGCCGCUAAUUUACAAAUUGAGGCAGAUCUGUCAAGGGAUUACAUCAAGAGUGAAUGCAAAUUAGAGUUGGUAAAGAAGUAUGGCGAUAAACGUUUCGCUGGCGUUGACUUGGCAUGCGAGUCCGAGGUAGGCGAGGGUUUUCGUACGGACGGUUUGUUGUUAAAUAUCACAACCUAUCUUUUCAUAUUGAGUUUUUUCCAACGUAUAACAUGCCACAACUCUACUUGUUCAUUUUGAAAAAAAUCCAUUUUUAGAGGCCUCUUCGGCCGCAGCCACUCGAUGAGACGUAGAGAUUUGGCAAAAAUAUGUGACUCAUUGCGAACUCCAAUGUACAAAAUCCCCAAUCUUUUCAUUUGUAGGGCUCCGGUGACAAAGAAAUCCUGGUCAUCGGCAACAGCUUAGCGCAGGAUAUUUACAUGGGAAUUGAAGCGAAAAUGAAGCAAAUUUACAAACGAGUAACGCUGUAUGCUCUUUCAUGCGCGAUACCUCUCUUUCAAGCAGCAACGUCAGAAAGCCAUUUCAUGACAACGAUCAAGACAUGGGACCGACCAAUCGACAUCUUGGUGGUUAGACACUCGUAAGCAGUUGUAGAGUUGGUGCCGCGGCUCUCGCGGGCAACCACAGUUAUGGGAGUUUUUUUAAAAAACGGUUUCUGAACCCUUAAAAAUGCCUCGUUAACUUUACGAUAACUAUUCAAGUCAUUUAUUCACCUGGAAACUUAAAACAUCCAGCUGCCAACUUCAUCGUUUGAAUUUCCUUUUGUAAGAAAAUGUUGGUUGAGUUCCAAACAUGCCCGCGGAAUCUCCGUGGUUUUUUCGCUGCCCGCAAAGUGGUUGCUCGCGGUGGGCGCGCCGAAGACUUUGCUUUGAGAUGUAUAGCUGUGAUUUAGAUAUUAUCAGAUUGGAGGGAAGCCGACAAUCAACGUGUGUUCAGCAUUGUCAGUAAGUUUAGCAUAGGGAUCUUGUGUGGAUCGGGUUUUGCAUAAGAUGUGCUACAAGAAAAAUACUCAUUCCCUUUCUAGGAGAACUACCUUGAAAAGCAAUUCCUAAAAGAUGCACAAGCCUUUUACGGGAACGUCAGCAAAAUGGCCAAGACAGUGGUCAUCUCAUUCUCAGAGUAUGAAACCGGCUUUGACACGCAUAAAUUCAACAAGGCUCUGGCCGCAGACAACCUGAGUGGGUUGAAUUUGAAUUAUACGGUCAGUCUUUGAAUAAUAACCACUUUUUUAUAUACCAAAGUUUAUGUAUGCCCUCAGGCAAGUACAAUAUAACACGGCUGAGUUAUCUUGGACAACCUCCUAAGUUUUUUUUAAAUUUCAGCAACAUCGCAAACUUGCCGCAAAAUACGAUGAUGUCAUUACAGCAGUCGAUUGUUCAAACUGCAUAAAAGUCGACUUCAUGUCCGGCUUUUGCAGCUACAUUACGGACAUUUGUCAAGUUGUCAGCGAGCAGAAGCUCCCCUUCCUCGUCGAUAAUAUUCAUCAAUCCCCGUUUGGGGACUUUGUAAUGGCCGAUCUCUUAUCGGACGAGCUGGAAAGGCAUGGGGUUUUGGGUAAUAAAACGAUAAAAUAAAGACUGUCUGGAAAUUACAUGGUGCCAUGCAACAUAAAAAAUUAAUCAGGAGGUAUAAUAGUCGAGAAGCCAUUGUGUUGCACGAGUUUUAUGAGUCUGUCGGGAAAAUAACGUGACUUGAAAAAUGCCUUGCCUCGUCACUGUCGCGCAACAAGUCUCCUGAACGGCGCAAACGAUUUCAAGGCUACAUUAUUUUCCCGACCGGCUUAUCGUCUGGAAAUUAUUGUCAAAACAACUUUCCAUACUCUAGAUGUCCAAUUCCACCUUCGAAUAGAAAAGAAAUAAACGAUAUGGCUUGUGGUCUGGUGGUUUCUGCAGUCGAUUACUUCCAACACGUUCUACCUGGAAAUACUCGGCCUUCCAAGUGGAAAGUUCCUGAUGUGGAAGGCGGACGAUCGAUUGUUAUCGUUCCCCUUUGAAAUAAACACGAGAAUAAAUGAUAAUUAACUCGAAUAGAUAGACUUAUCAAAAAAUAUUAACAAUUACAAUAAAAGUAAAAUAGCACUUCAAUACAAUAGCAAAACAACGCUACAACAACACUCAGCAACAACAUAUAUACAAUUCAACACACAAUAAUAAUAAUAGAUUGGGAUCAAAGGGAUAAGAAAAUACGGUGUCGUACGUCAAGCUGAGAUAAGCUAAAACAGUCCGGUGAAUGGAUUGGCAAUUUGCUAAAAAAAGACGCCAAAAAACGUUUUGUCGAGGAAGAAAUGGGGAAUUUUUGGAGCGAGAGAGUACGCUUUUGUGUGUCUUUUUUCUCUCUUUCUCUGCGAAAUUAAGACGAAGCGUAAAAAAACCCGAUAGCGAAGAGUCUAUUCCGGCCACCGGACUCCUCAGUUUGACGUGUGUCGUGAUUCAGGCGCUUUGCUUCAGGAUAAUUCCAUCGAACAUUCGGGAACAUUGGGGGAAAACAGCUGGGGUAACAGUUGACACACGGGGACAUCUUUCUCUCUCCAUAAAUUACAUCAAGUUGAAAUACCAUUGAAACUCCAGUUUCCGGAAUCGGACGCAAGACCUCCCGCAGAAAUCUCCGAGCAAUUUUUUUGGCGUACGCACUUUUCGAAAAAAGCCAGGGCGAGCGACGUCCGAAGAAAAAAUGCAUGGUGCAAAAAGUCAGAAAUUGCAGAGUCGAAGCUUUGUGAACGGACACUCAGUCUGUCGGGUCCCGUCCAUCAUCGCUUUGCGACGGCUAGCCGCAGCUGAAGGAGAUUUGUUGCGCUUUUGGGCACUUUUUUUGAAGGUUUGCUGCCAAGAUCCGCCACGAUUCUCCCUACAGGGAGAUAUUGAGAAAACGGUUUUUUACCAUCUCAUAUCCUGAAUUGUGAUAUGGUAAAUAAAUUGGUACGAUCUUUAGCCAAUUUCACUCAAAAUUUGGUGUUUAUUGCAAAUUUUUUGAUUAGAAAUAGGCUAAAACUGGAUGUCUUCGAACUAAUUUUUUAUUCGAAGAUCUAAAAUUACCAGUUGUAAAAUUUCACAAAACUUUUGCAUUGAAAAAAUAAUAAAAAAUUGAACUAAAAACACCAAAAUCCCCAAAGUAUUUCAGCGGAAUCUAUCCAAAGGAAUCCAAUAACACCCACAAAGACUUGUAUCAACCGUUUAUCCAAAGGAAGGUCGUACAAUACCGGCUGGCCCCUGUCCCUAUCGUUCCAAAGCCUGUCUCUUUGUUGCGUUGCGGGACCCAGGCCGGGGAGCGGAGCGGUCCUGGCACCAUUUCUGUCGGGAAAAUAAUGAAUAAUGUGGAUUUGUUUUUUAAUCGUAUAACUCAUUAUUUCCCCGACAUACCGAUAAAUUGAUGGGUGACAAUUUCCUGUCUAAAAUAUCCCAAAAAUGGUGGGACACAGUUCGGAAAACAAGGUCUAACAAAUCCUGAUUCUUUGUAACGUGGACUUUUUUCAUUAGGAGCCGACCUGCUCCCAAGCCUCUCGUCUGCUAUAUGUUGUAAAACUUUCAUCAAACUUUCAAAUAAGGAAUUGGCCGCAACGAACCCUGGCAAAACAUAUUCGCUGUAUACGGAAUAAAUUUCUAUUUUAGGUCGAAGUGUUUGCGUAGCUGCUGUUAACGAUGACGCGAAACACGGGCGGUAAACAAAAAAGACGUCCGGUGUACAAGCUGAUUGCCGUAAUCUAUCAGUCUAAAAAUACAAUAAAGAGCACUUUGUUGCGUCAAGAAUCACAUCGCCACCCGGGAAAUGAAUUGUGUCGCGACAAAAUCAAAUUGUUGUUCACUUGAGCGACGCGUUUGGCGCAGCGGCUCAAUAUUUUCCCGACUGACUGAUAACCCAUUUUUUUAGUCCGUGAAUCUCGUCAAGUUGUGAAGUCAAAUGGAGUUGGAUAUUCAAGGGCUUCGUUGCGUAGCCGUCGUCUUCGUAGUGCUCUUCCAUUUAUGGCCGACGACUUUUCGUAA